CGUCACCGCCUGUCCAAGAGUGCGUGGCGGAGGCGCGCCGGGCGGGGUCGCGCAAGCUGGGAGGCGCGGCAGGGGCUUGGAGCGCCGCGAGUCGGGCGGGGGACGUGGCAGCGCCCCACGCGCUAGAAAGUUCCCAGGAAGUUUGCAGGACGCGGCGCGGGAGCGGCGGGCUGGAUCAUGAACGUGUUCCGAAUCCUUGGAGACCUGAGCCACCUCCUGGCCAUGAUCUUGCUGCUGGGGAAGAUUUGGAGGUCCAAGAGCUGCGCGGGCAUCUCUGGAAAGAGCCAGAUCCUUUUUGCUCUUGUCUUCACCACCAGGUACCUGGACCUCUUCUCCAAUUUCAUCUCCAUCUACAACACAGUGAUGAAGGUGGUUUUUCUCCUCUGUGCCUAUGUCACAGUGUACAUGAUCUAUGGGAAGUUCCGGAAAACCUUUGACAUCGAGAAUGACACGUUUCGCCUGGAAUUUCUUUUGGUCCCAGUGAUCGGCCUUUCCUUUCUGGAGAACUACAGUUUCACACCUCUGGAGAUCCUCUGGACCUUCUCCAUCUACCUGGAGUCAGUGGCCAUCCUGCCCCAGCUCUUCAUGAUCAGCAAGACCGGAGAGGCCGAAACCAUCACCACUCACUACCUGUUCUUCCUGGGACUGUACCGGGCACUCUACCUGGCCAACUGGAUCAGGCGGUACCAGACUGAGAAUUUCUAUGACCAGAUUGCAGUGGUGUCUGGAGUAGUCCAAACCAUCUUUUAUUGUGACUUCUUCUAUUUGUAUGUUACCAAAGUCCUUAAAGGAAAGAAGUUAAGUCUACCAAUGCCGAUUUGAAGGCCCUCUGAGAUAGGCCAUAUGAUUACAAGGUCACAAACCAAAUGAUCCGGGAAUGUUCUCCUUGGUGACGUGGCCCUCAGCCAAGACUUGGUACCAAAUGUUAAAGCCAGAAAAAUGCUUCAGUGUGAAUCUGAGCAAAGCACUGACAGAACAUUCUAUCUAGACCUCAACAGAGGGACCUCCCUUAAAUACUCAUCAUGGUCGUAAUGAAACACCUGGGCCAAGUGCCCAAGUAUGGUGUCCUUACCACGGCAACUCUAAACUCCUCAGGAGCAAAUCAUCAUUACAACCCCAUUCCCCCCAGUAAAGCUCAUGUCAAGGAAUGGCCAGAUCACCUUGGAAAGAUUCCCUGAGUUCAGAGUUCUGAAACAGGAUGGGCUGGAGCAUAUCCUUAUAGUUAUUUCCCAGAAAGUUGGCAACAGAACUGCAGUCAGCACAAUCCACUGCCAUCCUGUUUUCAAGGCACAAGCGAUCCAAGUUACCGGCUCUACAAGAGUUUAGUUUGGUGCCUCACCUUUAAAACUGGCCAAGUUUUUCACAAUGGUUCAUGUGGGCCAUACUCAUCUCAUCCACAGCAGCCUAGGUGGGCACUAUGAGCUCCAUCACUGUUUACUAAGGAGCUAGAUACCACCAACCAUUUACUCACCAGGUAUCCUGCCUUGUUCUGUGACUCAAGACCCAUCAAUCCCACCUUCUUCCCAGUUUUAGGUGCUAACUAGGGUGGUUAGUCCAUCUAACGUCCCGACUUUUGUCUUAAGCAAAAAAUUAAGACUACACUGUAUUCAGAAGUAAUAAAAAGUUCACACCU